AUGGCGUUGUCGAAGUCGUCGUAUCAGUAUAACCGAAAAACGUGGGAAGACUCAGAAUUUCCAGUUCUUUGUCAGUCUUGUCUUGGAUCAAAUCCAUAUAUCAGAAUGUUGAAAGAUCGGCAUGGAGCAGAAUGCAAGAUCUGUCAACGUCCGUUUACGUCUUUCCGUUGGAUGCCUGGUAAAGGAAUGCGAUAUAAAAAGACAGAAGUAUGUCAGACCUGUGCAAAGAUGAAGAAUGUUUGUCAGACAUGUCUUCUAGAUCUUGAAUUUGGCUUACCUGUUCAAGUUCGUGAUCAUGCAUUGCAAAUACAAGACGAUAUGCCUAAGCAAGGUGCGAAUCGUGAUUAUUACAUUCAAAAACAAGAACGGGAACUAGCUCUGACGGAUGGUACUAUCCCUGCUGGUGCGCUUGCUAAAAUUACUGAUGCAGCAUCAAAUGAUUUACUUAAAAAGCUUGCUCGGAAUCAACCGUAUUAUCAACGGAACAAGCCACAUAUUUGUUCAUUUUUUGUUAAAGGUGAAUGUAGACGCGGUGAAGAAUGUCCUUAUAGGCAUGAAAAGCCAUCAGAUCCGGAUGAUCCUCUAAGUCAUCAAAACAUGCGCGAUCGUUAUUACGGAAACAAUGAUCCAGUUGCUGAGAAGCUUUUAAAUCGUGCUAAAGCAUUACCUGUUUUACAAACACCAGAAGACGCCAGUAUCACGACACUUUAUAUUGGGGAUAUGGGUCCGGCAGGAUUAAUAAAUGAAACUGAUUUGAGAGAUUAUUUCUAUCAGUUUGGUGAAAUACGUAGCCUUAAUAUAUUACCGAAUAAAGGUUGUGCAUUCAUAUCAUUUACAACGCGCCAAGCUGCCGAGAAGGCUGCAGAUCGCUCAUUUAAUAAGCUUAUUUUACAAGGAAGGCGACUGAAAAUAAGAUGGGGACGACCUCAAGCACAAACUGUUGCAGAAGAAAAAGAGAAGGCAGAGCCAGUUAUUGGUCUUCCUAAUCCUUGUCCAGUACCGGAUUUGUUCAAUGAGUCUGCAGAUUUUUCCAAACGUGCACGUAUUGAUCGCAUACCGAUGCCUCCGAUACCUCCUGCAGUAGCUUACGCACCACCUUCACAUCUUAUUGUGCCACAGGUGUCAUAUGAAGGCAUGAUGUCAUAUGUACCUGCAGCAACAAAAGUUUAUUAUCCUAGUCAAGAUCCUCAACGAUUAGGUUCUAAAGGUGAUUUGAUGGAAUAA